GCGGUUAGUAUUGUAAGCGUUACCUGACGUGGCUCAACGUGGAGCACCUUCUUCUUCUUGGACCUUCUCCCUCACCCUGUCACCCAACGACUCAAAUCAUUGUUCUUUUUUGGGGGGGGGGGGUAAAGAUUGUGACCAUUUCGCCUACGUGCAAAUGGCCAGAUGAUGAUCUCUCGCAGCCCCAACAGUUUUUAUGUUUCUUUUGUGUUCCCCAGCCUAUAAAACCAGGCAAGCUUUUCGGACGCCACACUUCAUCAACAAGCACACGCACGGUUUUGUCAGCUGCCGAUUCCUUGGACCAUGGAUCCGCGGCGCGCCUGCUGGGAGAGCUCGUCCGAGGACGUCACGAGGGCGCUGCUGCCGGUGCACGACGACAGGCCCACGAGGGGACGGUCCUGCGCGGGUCUCAGGGCGAUGCUCGCCAACAAGUACCUGGCCGUGGCGUCGGGGCCGGCGGCGUGCGCGCUCAUCUGUGCUCUCGGGGACCUCGGCGGGCACCCCGCGGCGCGCAACAUGCUCGGCGUGCUGGCCUGGGUGUUCCUGUGGUGGAUCACGGACGCCGUGCCGCUCGCCGUCGCGUCCAUGGCGCCGCUGUUCCUGUUCCCGGCGUUCGGCAUCUCCUCCUCCGACGCCGUCGCCAAGGCCUACAUGGACGACGUCAUCUCCCUCGUCCUCGGCAGCUUCAUCCUCGCGCUCGCCAUCGAGCACUACAGCAUCCACCGACGCCUCGCCCUCAACAUCACGGCGCUGUUCUGCGGGGACCCGGUGAAGCCGCACCUGCUGCUGCUGGGCAUCUGCGGCACCACCAUGUUCAUCAGCAUGUGGAUCCACAACACGGCAUGCACCGUGAUGAUGAUGCCGGUGGCCACGGGGAUCCUGCAGCGGCUCCCCCGCGACGAACUGGAGGGAGGCUCGGAUGCACGCGAGGUCCAGCGGUUUUCCAAGGCGGUGGUGCUCGGCGUCGUGUACGCCUCGGCGAUCGGCGGGAUCGCCACGCUGACGGGCACGGGCGUGAACAUCAUCCUGGUGGGGAUGUGGUCCACCUACUUCCCGGAGCAGCGCCCCAUCACCUUCAGCUCCUGGAUGUCCUUCGGGCUCCCCAUUUCACUGGUCCUGUUCGUGGCGCUCUGGGCCACGCUCUGCCUGAUGUACUGCUCCAAGAACACCGGGAGGGCGCUCUCCGCAUACCUCGACAGGAGCCACCUCAGAAGGGAGCUCGGCUUGCUGGGUCCGAUGGCAUUUGCAGAGAAGAUGGUUUUGGCCGUCUUUGGGGGUCUCAUUGUUCUAUGGAUGACCAGGAGUCUGACAGACGACAUCCCUGGGUGGGCAGUCCUAUUCGAUGGCAAAGUUGGGGAUGGAACCGUCACCAUCAUGAUGGCUACGCUACUGUUCAUCAUCCCGAGCGGCAAGAACGACGUCGAGAAGCUAAUGGACUGGGGCAAGUGCCGGAAGCUGCAGUGGCACAUCAUCCUGCUCCUCGGCGCGGGCUUCGCCAUCGCCGACGGGUUCAAGUCGAGCGGCUUGACCGACAUCCUCUCCGAGGGGCUCGGCUUUCUCCGCGGAGCGCCGGCGCUGGCCAUCGCGCCCGUGGCCUGCGUCUUCAGCGGCGUCAUCACGGAGUUCACCUCGGACGACGCCACCACGACGCUCGUGCUGCCGCUGCUGGCCGAGCUGGGCAAGUCCAUCGGCGUGCACCCGCUGCUGCUCAUGGUCCCCGGCGCGAUCGGCGCGCAGCUGUCGUACCUGCUGCCCACCGGAUCCCCCGGGAACGUCGUCGGCUUCGGCACCGGGUACAUUACCAUCAAGGACAUGGUGGUCACCGGAAUGCCGCUGAAAAUCGUCGGCAUCGCAGCUCUGACGAUCCUUCUCCCAACAUUGGGCUCUCUGGUUUUUGGCAUGGCUUAGAAGUUGUAGGAACUUGCACAGGAUACAGUCGGAUGUUUUGGAACAUUUCAAUCGUAGACUGGAGGUUUUCAAAACGCGGACAGUCUAGUCAUAGUAGUAUGUCUAAGCUGUACAGUUCGUUUACGGCCAUUACCCCAUGAAGGAUACGGGAUCGUAUUCAUUGUUCAUCUAUGAGUUAUUAGGAACUGAUAUAUAUUAUUUGUCUCUUUUUUCAAAACAAAAAAGAGUUAGGGUAGAUAUUUGUACUUAGUGAAUGAUAUGCAUUAAUGCAUCUAUGGAAUUUGUAUCAUAUAGCAUCCUUUUGUAAUUCCAACUCAAUGGGAUUUUGUGAACUUGGUCUAUGAAGACUGCAUUUUUUUUU